CCAAAAAAUAGGGUGGAGUACGUCAUACUCUUAGCGCUAUCGCAAGUCGUAAUAUGAAGUCGACAACAUGUCAAUAGAAUAAACAGUCAUACCACCCAGGAGAUAAACUCUGCAGUCCUGCACUACGAGCCCUUCAGACUCCUCGACAAUAAAACUCGAGCACUCUGCUUCAUUGGAUUGCCAGGUAUAUUUCGCAAAGAUGCUGGUGUCCCUGACCGUGGGCAAGGUCGAUGCAGGUGUUGCGGUUCUGCUCACCGAAGACAAACGACUCAUAGAGUUCCCAUCGAUACUCCUGCCUUCAUCUAUAACCUCGGGCUCCAUUGUUGACAUCACCGUAAAACAAAACUUCGAGGCCGAACAAAAAACGCACGCCGCAUUCUCCUCCCUACAGAAGCAAAUCCUGAACACUUAUGGCAUCAACACCCCAGCUACACCUGCACUACGACUGCGAAAUGCUACCCAGACAUCUCUUGUCCUCGAAUGGGAUCCUAUCCAGCUCGCGACCACUACUCUUCACUCCCUGGCACUGUACCGAAAUGGGAGCAAGGCAGGCAACAUCCCGCGACCAAUGGAACAAACAGCCACCAAGAUCAGCGGACUGGCUGUAGAUACUGAGUACUCCUUCUAUCUCGUACUCAAGACGAGUGGUGGCACCUACACGAGUAACGAGCUUACUGUCAAGACACAUGCCAUGAACAAUUUGACAGGAAUCACGGUGACUCCUGGUAUCUUGCCCCCACCAAUGAGGGAGACUCUUGAAACAGCUAUCGAGCGCAUUGGUGCGAAGAUGAUCGACACGAUUCGCAUCGAUACUACGCAUUUCAUAUGCACUGAAGGCCGUGGACGUGACUGGGAAAGAGCCAAUGAAAUGAACAUUCCGGUGGUGAGACCUGAGUGGAUAGAAGGGUGCGAAAGAGAAGGGAAGAUCAUAGGCGUGCGCGGAUACUAUUUGGAUGCAGAUCCCAAGCAAAGACAAAUUGGAUCGAAUCCAUCUCUGGCUGGUCGGCCAUCGACAGUUGCCGCUCCUUCACAAAGUAGCAUUCCACAACGGUCUAAAGAGCCAGUAACAUCACCAAAGAGUCCUGACAGAGAGAGUACGGUCAGCGGUGAGCCUGGACCUGAAGUACCACCAACGCCACCACAAAAAGACCUGCCACCCACCCCUGCUGCCGGUGAAGAGGAUGACGACGAAGAGGAAGAAAGCGAAGAAGAGCCAGAGCCACAGGCGACCGAGGCUAAGGACAAGCAGAAGGCCGAAAAAUCAGAUGCAGAAGAGGACGACGAGAAUGACGAAGAGCCAGAGGAAGAUUCCUCGGACGACAAAUCCCAGGACCCUCAUACUGAAGAGAAACAUCAGCCCCUGGUUGAGGACGCGAAGGAAGGCGCCGAGAUGGAGGAUGUGGCGUUAUGAUACAGAUAAUUAGGUGGGAAACCCUCAGCCGAAUGAGUUGUUGUACGCCUUCGAGUGAGAGCUCUGAUCGAGAAUGCCCGUUAGAGGCUUGUGUCUUGAUCACCAGCUGUUACACAACACUAUACUCCCUACCUUUUAGGACGCUCCCACACACGGACACAGUAUCGUUCUUCACCUUUAGAGGACCGGUGGACUCGUUUUCAGCACACACUCAAACGGUGGUGCAUGUGGUAAUCGGGGACAAGGAAUUCUCGAAACCUGGAUUCUUUUUGGACCAAUCACAACCUCUUCCAUCCUUACUCAAGCUGGCAAACAAGAUACUAUUUUCAUCGCAGCGGGAAAUCAAUUGGCUGGGAUUCAGCCUCGUCAGAAUUCGAUCCUAGUGCCUAUGUUUGGCAAAGCAUCAACCCCGGAUUUUCAAAAGUGAUAUGUGGCUGAAGGACGAGGUCGGAGUAUUAAUUGGGAGGCGAGGCUCUGUUUCCCAGGUCCUAUCUAUGGACAGACCACGGGUUGGCCCAAAUCUCAUCAAGCUACGGAGAGACGCACGCGGCUGGGGAGAAAUGGUCCCAGCUUCAGCCUGAUGCAGUGGUGUUAGCGUUGUAUCCCGGGCCACCGUUUGGCCCAUUCACCUUCCAGCCUCGUCAAACCAAGAGCCUGGUGCCUUCAGCCUCGCGCAUUUCCUCUUUCGGUGCGAAUAUUCUUACAAUAGAUCAGGACGACGAACUACAUAGCCAACUGCGCCCAACCACUUGCUGACAUCUCACA